AUGGAGGCUGAAACAAUGGAUACAAGUGAGGAUCAGGCAAACAAAUCACAGAAGCGGAGGCGAAUAACCAAGGCAUGUGAUGUCUGCUACAACAAGAAGAUCAAAUGCGAUGGAGCUACCCCACAGUGCGAAUGGUGUGCCCACCGUGGCUUGCAGUGUUCGUACGAAAGGAAGAUAGUGAGGAAAAGGCGUUCCAACAGACAGCAUCGCAGCCAGCUACUAGACCGCGUCGAUCGACUGGAACGACUUCUGGCCAAAACACUAGAAGAACAGGCAGGUGCAUCUCAACCCCGUGAGCCCUCAUCAGCUCCUUCAGAGUCAGCAACAGAUACUUCCCUCCCCAGAGAGGAUGACUUCAAUAAUGAAGCGCGCGAUAUUUCAACGCCUUCGUCAAUCGAGCAACCAGCCCUGGGCUCUCUCCACUUUGCAGGUUGGCGACUAGGAUCCUUUAACUCAAGCAGCGGCAUUCCCGUCUUUUCGGAGCUUGGUGAACAGUGGAUCCGCUCCCGUACAGGCCAAGAUGCGUCACUUGAGCGAAUCACCGCACUUCGUCAGUCCUGGAAUAAUAUUACCCGUUCAGACUGGGGUUCAUCGGUUGAUGUAUCGAACGUGCAUUUGCCGAUUGCCAUGCCAGACCGUCAAGUAGUCGAGAAGUGUUUAGCCCUUUUCCGCAAGUCAUUUCUCUGCUGCGUCUUCCCCCUUGUUGACCCUAUUCGUUUUCAGACUGCAAUUUCGGUGGCCUACUCAUCAACAUCAGGCGACCCGUUCGGCAACGUUCACAAUGCACAGGCCUGUGUAUUUGCUUUUCUGGCAUUCGCGUCCUUCUUCAACGUCUGCGAAUCGGUAAAGAUAAGCUCGAACGCGGAGAGAUAUUCGUGGACGGCGCAUCGAAUAUUGACGACGUACACUCGACCUGUGACGGUGGAAACAUUGCAAACGUCAUGUAUGUUGAUGAUGUAUCAUCUUUUCUCUGGGGACAUUGGCAAUGCUCUUAUACAGGAUUCGGUCGCUACCCGAAUCAUUUACUUGCUCGGCGCACAUACCACAACCUACCCUUCGUGCGACGAUGUGAACAUCUUAUGCGCAAAUCCUUCAUAUCGCGAGCGAUAUCUAUUGCGGAACAUUUUCUGGAUGGUUUACAUCAUGGACAAAGAAUUGUCAAUCCGAACAGGACAGCCGCCGUGUCUACAAGACGAGCAUUGUGAUACUAGUUUCCCACCAACCUACGCUCGGCGGAUCUUUUCGCAACUGAUGGGCUUUGGGCCCGAAACAGACUUUGACACUGUACAUCCCUUCACCGGUUCCCCGUGGUUGAGCAUCAUCAAGUCAAAGGCCUACAACGCUCUAUACUCGGCUCGCGCAUUGAGGAAAACAGAUGCGGAGAUCUUGAGGGAUAUUCGUGAACUAGACGAUGAUCUCGAAUGCUGGAGGUUAUCUAUCCCCAUUUCAUACAGGCCCACUGUUGCAUUUACGCGUGCGACACUACCAAAUAACGUAGUAGCUAUGCCUUCGACGAUGCUGCAUCUAGACUAUAACCAUUGUGUUGCUGCUAUUCACCAGGCAACAAGUAGAUGCCAGGCUUGGAUAUCUGGAAAUCAGGAUGAGAUGGAGGGCGUAGGGAGCAGUCUAGACUUGAGCAUUGAGGCUAGUCGGUCGUCAUUGGUCUAUCUCCAAAUGGCAAGCCAUCUCCUCGACGAGAACAGCUUUUGGAUGGUCCUCUACUACCCGAUGUCGGCCCUCCUUACUAUUUUCUACGGCAUUCUCCACCGACCUCUCGCGCCGCAAUCUCACAAAGACCUUGAGCUGCUGAAGAAUGUUCCACCCAUGAUUCGACGAAUCCCAAUAAGUCGCUGGAUGGAAAAAGCGGCUCGCCAGAUUCAGGCUGUAGAUGACCUAGUCGAAGAACUAACGACCCUGGGACAGUGUGCAAUCGACAAGGCAAAACGGGAAAACGGAAGUGAGACAACACAAGGUGUCUUGCUCGGGGAUUAG